GUAAAGUAAGAAUCUUAUGCAAACAAAGACUUACAAUGUUAGUUUUCUUAUUUCCUUGAUUCAGUUUCAGAAGAAUCUUUUGAUUUUUGCCUUGAUCCCUUCCUUUUGCAUGGUCCCGGAGACAAGGGUUUAGAAUCUUCCUAUUAAGGAACAACUUCAUAGUAUAAACACUUCGUGUUCCUAUUUUAGGACCCAAAAAAACUAAAAUAAACCCUCCUCUGUUUUCAAAACCAUCAUUAGAGACAGCAUCUCAUAUGGAUUAUAGUGUUUCUCUUCGACGAAAGUCUCGUACUUCACAUAUGGGUUUCUCUGCUUUCCUCCUCUCGUUUCUCUUCGUCUUCUCAAUCCUCUCUUCGCAACCGGCCGUCGCAUUCAUAGGAACGUACGGUAUAAACUACGGUCGUAUAGCGGACAAUCUUCCGCCUCCUGACGCGGUAGCAACUCUCCUUAAAUCAGCAAAGAUCAGAAACAUCCGUAUCUAUGAUGCUGACCACUCCGUCCUCACGGCCUUCCGUGGGACUGGGAUUGAAAUCAUCGUUGGCUUAGGCAACGAGUUUCUCAAGGACAUAAGCGUUGGUGAAGACCGUGCCAUGAACUGGCUUAAGGAAAACGUCGAGCCUUUUAUAAGAGGUGGUACUAAAAUUAGCGGUAUCGCGGUUGGGAACGAGAUUUUAGGUGGCACCGAUAUCGGACUUUGGGAAGCUCUCUUACCUGCUGCCAAAAAUGUUUACUCCGCUCUUCGCCGUCUUGGUCUUCACAAUGUCGUUGAGGUGUCGAGUCCACAUUCGGAGGCAGUGUUUGCGAACUCGUAUCCACCGUCGUCGUGCACGUUCAGGGACGACGUGGCGCCGUUUAUGAAGCCGUUGUUAGCGUUUUUUUGGCAAAUUCAAUCGCCUUUUUACAUUAACGCUUACCCUUUUCUUGCUUAUAAAUCUGACCCGAUCACAAUUGAACUCAAUUACGCCAUUUUCGAGAAAAACAAAGGCAUCUUGGACCCCAAAACCAAGCUUCAUUACGAUAACAUGUUCGAUGCCAUGGUCGAUGCUUCUUAUGCUGCUCUCGAAAAAGCUGGUUACACAAAAGUCCCGGUGAUUGUUUCGGAGACGGGAUGGGCAUCAAAAGGCGAUGCUGACGAACCCGGAGCGUCAUUGAAGAACGCCAGAACUUAUAACCGGAAUCUCAGGAAAAAGCUUCAAAAGAGGAAAGGAACGCCGUAUAGACCAGACAUGAUGGUGAGAGCUUACGUGUUUGCUCUCUUCAAUGAGAACUCGAAACCAGGCCCCACUUCCGAGAGAAACUUUGGUCUUUUUAAACCCGACGGUACUAUUGCCUACGACAUUGGCUUCACCGGACUCAAGUCCUCCUCUUCUACAACACGGUGUCAUGUAUGGUCGUCUCUUGUUUCGGCUUCUCUAGUAAUGUUUCUUCUUCUUUUUCUUCAUUGUUAGUUACGCCCUUGUGAGUUUGUGAGAUUUGUGAUUUUCUAAUUGAUCCUUUGGUGUAUAUAGAUUAUCAAGUUAACCCUGUAAUUCUUGAUUUGCUUAUGAUUAGUCACUUUUAACUUUAAGUGUUGUUGAUAUAAGAACUUCUUACUUUGUGUAAUGUGCUUAUUGUACGAUAUUGCUAGUAAUUUGAAAUGUUGGAUAUUUCUACA